UCGGCCAGUCUUGAACAAACCGCAGCCGUGCACGGAAGGCGCAGUUCUUCAUCGAAGCGGAAAAAUUUUCAUCUUCUCUCCACCAUCCGGAAGGACAGCACAGUGCUGUAUGGUGUGCUUCGAAGUCAGCGAAAAGUGAUCGGUCACGUAUUUGGGGCCAUUUUCCGGCGGGAAAAUUCUUUUUUAUUCGACCACAAGCAUGAGCAGGAGCUAAUACAAGCAGUAGAAGUGUGGGAAUUUCGGGCGCAGGCUGCUUUCACGGUAGGAAGAAAAAAUGAGCGUCCGAAAGGUGCUGCUGUUCAGCAUCGCUAUAUUCCUUUUAUGGAUGAAAUUGCCGGACCAAAGCGCAAAUGCAACGGUACAGACUGAAAUUAUGGAGAAAUGGGGAGACAAUUUUGGAGAGGAACUUUGGGAUUUAGCUCAAACAAUGACAAAAGCUAGUGAAAUUACAGCUAAAUAUAAAGCAUACAAUGCUCGCGUAGAACAUAAGGAUGGAACCAGUCUGAUUCAAUCGAUCGUGGAAAACGUUGGCCGCAUGUUGAUUCGCAAAAUGGAUGCCAUCAAGUGUAUCAUCAACCUGGCGGAGGAACUGUCCGAGCAGUUUGAUUUCAAUGUUUCACUUUCGGAAAAUUUUACAUACUAUUCCAGCAAAUAUUCAAUUAUCGAAGGACGUCCGGAGCCUGAAAUUCCAUCCACGCUAGAGAAAAACAUCUGGAUGUACCGAAAUAUGUCCCUGAAUUCGGACACUCACUUCUUCAACAUUUCGGUCAAUACUUCGUACAGUUCAGUGCACGUGCCGCAGAAUGUGUACGACCGUUACCCGUGGGUUUUGGAAGCCCUGCAGUGGUCGGAAGCGUUGGAUGAUGUUUUCGUUCAGAACUACAACUCGGAUCCGGCCCUUUCGUGGCAAUAUUUUGGAUCCUACACGGGUAUUCUGCGGCACUAUCCAGCGCUGGAGUGGGACCGCGAGCAGGUGGACACAUUUGACUGCCGGAAGCGGUCGUGGUAUAUUGAAACGGCGACCUGCUCCAAGGAUAUUGUGAUUCUGCUGGAUAAUAGCGGGUCGAUGACGGGGUACCGAAACUAUAUAGCUCAAUUAACCGUUAAAAGUGUGUUGGAUACGUUUUCCAAUAACGAUUUUAUUAAUAUUUACAAGUACUCGAACGAUGUGGAGCCGUUGAUUCCUUGCUUUUCUGACAUGCUUGUGCAAGCGACUCCGGAGAACAUCAGAUUUUUGAAUGAAUAUGUCCGAGAUCUACAUCCGGAAGGCUAUGCUAAUGUGGGGAAGGCAUUUGUAAAGGCCUUCGAGUUAUUGCAACAUUACCGUGAGCUACGACGAUGUAACGAAUCGGUGAGCGGCUGCAACCAGGCCAUCAUGCUUAUCACAGAUGGUGUCCCCAACAAUAUUACUGACAUAUUCGAGCGAUUCAACUGGUUUGAGAAUGGUACCAAGAUUCCAGUACGAGUGUUUACUUACUUGCUGGGACGUGAGGUGACAAAGGUACGCGAGAUCCAGUGGAUGGCUUGUUUGAAUCGGGGACAUUACUCCCACAUUCAGUCGCUGGAUGAAGUGCAGGAAGAGGUGUUGAAGUACGUUACUGUGAUAGCAACACCGCUGGUGUUGCAGGGCGUAGAACAUCCCACUACGUGGACACAUGCAUUUACGGACACUGCGGAGAACCUUGAAUCGGAAGCGGACGAUGAUGAACCUCCGAGGUUGAUGAUUGCCGUGGGGGCCCCAGCGUUCGACCGCAAAGCUAACCAACGAAACAAUACACCGACAGCUCAAUUACUUGGAGUAGCGGGUACCGAUAUCCCGGUUGAAGAUCUCGACGAGCUUUCGUUACCGUACAAGCUGGGAGUUAACGGAUACUCAUUUAUUGUGAGUAACAACGGUUACGUGCUGAUGCAUCCUGAUUUAAGACCGGUAUCGAAGGGACGCCUGAAGGAAAACUACAACAGUAUAGAUUUGACCGAGAUCGAGCAAGUGUUGAACGACAUCCUGGAGGCUUCCGACGAAACUUUGACCGGUCGGGAGCCCAACCCGGCAAUGGAAGCCAUACGGGAGCAGUUGGUAUUCUCAAUAUUCGGCAAGACGUUGAAGGUUCCAGUUCGAUUCCACUACGAUAAGAUGCGACGUGUUUCGCUGGAGUAUCAAGACUACUACUAUGCCCCCUUGGAAAACACUCCGUUCUCGCUCGGUUUGGUACUGCCUCAUGACUAUGGUAACACCUGGAUUAAGGUGGGCGAUGAAAUCAAACGGAACCAGCAUAUGGGACUCAAUAUAUCCGAUUUUCUGGUUGGUGAUAAUUGGAAAGUUCACCCUGAAUGGGUCUACUGCAAGUAUCAUUAUCUGGAGGGUCACGAGUUCAAGACACCGGAAGAUGAACUGAGACAUUUUUUGGUUAGACUGUACGAACCAAACUGGAAGUGGUCCCAGCAGUACGAACCUGAACCGGAAGACAUCCAGAAAGAUGGUGCUGACGAACCGAAUUGUGGUCGAAAAACGUUGGACGAUGAUGCUUAUUACUGUAAUAAAGAGUUAGUCCAAUUGCUGGUGUUUGAUGCGAAAGUAACCAACGAGAGCUACCGGAACUGGGAGUUCGAGAAUAAGAAUGAGAGGAAAAUUAUCGAAAUGUACAACGCCACGCUGCGAUUUGUGGCGACAAUGAGCGGCUUAACACGAUGGCAGUUCAUCUUUGGCGAAGUCGAAGUUGAUACCGAUCACGAGUUUGGAGAUUAUCACAAGAAAACGAUUGAUGAAACAUGGUAUAGAAGUGCCAUUUUGCAGCAUAAAAUUGACCCGAAGAGCUUUGUGUACUCGGUACCACACGCGAUGGACGAACCAGAAGAUACGGAACUGAAAGUGACCGCCUCGAUGGGCAUUUUUCCGAGGGACGGUGGCUUAGAAGCUCCAGGUUGCGUGACAGGUUUCCAGUUUUCGCACGAGCUUAUGUACGAGCGGUUUAUGGAAAUCACCUCGAAAACAACGUGUGAAGGUUGCAUUGAAACGUGCAAUUCGGAGACGCGGGAUUGCUAUGUCAUAGAUAACAAUGGAUAUGUGAUUCUUUCGGAAUCAUCCAAUGACACCGGAAGGUUCUUUGGUGGAAUUGAAGGCGCUAUCAUGCAGUCCAUGGUAAAUAAGGAAAUUUUCGUCAUGAUUGCCGUCUUCGAUUUGCAAGGAUUGUGCGACCAUGAAAUUGUUGCUCCGAAUGAUGCUUUCUCAUUGAUGCAUCCUCUGAAAAUGAUUACGCUUGGAAUUAAGUGGCUGGUAACGGAGAUCGUUAUUCUACUAUCAAAGUUUGACUUUUGGGUUCAUGGAAUCCCUAGUCCGGAUUAUUACGAUGCUGGAGUGGAAUAUGAGGAUACGGACUACUCUGACAUAAACCGUCCAAAGAAACCGAAAAAGUUGAUAGUUGAUGAAGAUGAAGCCUACUGGAACCAACCGAAAGUGAUUAGGAUGGAAACCAUUUACGAAGCUUGUGAUAAGAAGUCGAAUCUGUAUGUAAUGCAGCAGGACAAGUUCAUCAAAGGUGAUGGAUUCUUCUAUGAGUCCCAACCUGCAAAUCCCGCAGAGUUGUUGCAUCGACCGUACUUCGCCAAACGGAUACCACGGUCCAAUCUGUUGAUGAUCAUCGUUGAAAGUGAGUAUCCCUCGGAUCAUAUUGUGCUAUCGGCUUCUCCGCAGGUGAUACACCACAAUGAUACCGAGGGACUGCCGUGUGUGAAAAAGAACCUGAAUUUCUUACCCCGCCGACAUCUGGAGGAAUGCUACACCGAGCAUCCCGAUUCCGCAUCUCACUAUACUCGAUUUGAAGAACGAGUGGCUCAGUGUGGCGGAGCCUCCAAGUCGCUACUGCAAUUGACUGUUGUGAUAUCGUCUCUUACUGUAUCACUUUUGUUACUUCGAUGUGCCCAAAGUUUAGUGUAAUUUUAUAUCAAACUCACAACACACACAUACACAGAGCAAUUUGUAGUGUAGCGAAAAA